CUGUGUAUCGUCGCUACAACUUCUCUCCGCUCUCGACUUUCUUAGCUCUUAGAAACACACCCAUCAUGUCUUUUGCUUGCCAUCUUGACAAAGCCGCACAGAACGACGAGCCCACGACUAUUGUCGUUUUUGGCGCCUCGGGCGAUCUGGCCAAGAAGAAAACCUUCCCGGCGCUCUUCCACCUGUACCAGAACGGGCUCCUGCCCAAGCGCACCAAGAUCUUCGGAUAUGCGCGUACGCAAAUGGACCAUGCCGAGUUCCACAAGCGCGUCGUCUCGCACUUCAAGAGCGACGCUGACAAGGAGAAGGUGAGCGAGUUCCUGGCAAUCUGCAAAUAUGUCAGUGGCAAGUACGACGUCGACGAUGACUUCGAGCGCCUGCGCGCAGAGAUUGACGCCGCUGAGGCCGACGAGAACGUCAACACAUUGCCAGACCGUGUCCAUGUGUACUACAUGGCGCUGCCGCCGUCGGUAUUUGUCAGCGUAGCCACACACAUCAAGAAGAACGUGUACGAUGAGUCGUGUGUGAACCGCAUCAUCAUUGAGAAGCCAUUUGGCCACGACUCCGAGUCGAGCAAGCAGCUGUCCCAGGACAUCGGCGCCCUGUUUGAAGAGAAGGAGGUGUUCCGCAUCGACCACUACCUGGGCAAGGAGAUGGUCAAGAACAUCAUGACCCUGCGCUUUGCCAACGUCUUCUACGAGGCCGUGUGGAACCGCCACUAUGUAUCCAACAUCCAGAUCACCUUCAAGGAGCCGUUUGGCACUGAGGGCCGCGGCGGAUACUUUGACGAGUUCGGCAUCAUCCGCGAUGUCAUGCAGAACCACCUGCUGCAGGUUCUGAGCAUUGUCGCCAUGAACCAGCCCAAGACGCUCGACGCCGAGGAUAUCCGCGACCGCAAGACUGAGGUGCUGCGCCGCAUCCUGCCCAUCCAGCUCGAGGACACGCUGCUGGGCCAGUACGUUGGCACGCAUGACGGCAGCAAGCCUGGGUACAAGGACGACGACACUGUCCCUAAGGACUCCAACACACCCACCUUUGCGCAGUGUGUGAUGCAUGUCGACAACGACCGCUGGCGUGGUGUCCCCUGGGUCAUCAAGGCGGGCAAGGCCCUGGACGAGGCCAAGAUGCUGAUCCGCAUUCAAUUCAAGGACAUGCCAAGUGCGCUGUUCCCGAACCUGGCGCGCAACGAGCUGGUGAUCCAGGUGUCGCCGAAGGAGGCUGUGUAUCUCAAGACCAUCGUUAAGAAGCCUGGACUGUCGACAAGGCUGGCCAUGUCGGAGCUGGAUCUGACAUACAGCAAGCGCUAUCAUGAUAUCAAGAUCCCCGACGCGUACGCGACGCUGAUUCUGGACGUACUCAAUGGCGACCACUCCAACUUUGUGCGCAGCGACGAGCUCGAGGAGGCAUGGCGCAUCUUCACGCCCCUGCUGCACAAGAUCGAGGAUGAGAGCGUUGUUCCAUUCCCCUACGAGUACGGCUCGCGCGGUCCCAAGGGCGUUGAUGAGUUCACAUCGGAGCGCGCAAACUACAAGAGGACAAACCUCGAAUACCGCUGGGAGACCGAUAUGUAAGCGCGCCAGAAAGUCGCUGGUCUUUUUCUACAGCUUUUCAUUUAAAUCGGAGAUAUUUCAAAACCAC